AUGGCCGCCUGUCGUGCCGUUUCCCGCUCCAUCCCCGCUUUCAUCGGUCGUUCCGCCAUCUCUCGCAGUAUCCCCAUUACAGGCCUCUCCUCUCGCAGCAUAGCCGCCAGUAGCAGCAGAAUGGCUUCCAAGCUUCCCGCAUCGCAUACAGCACUCCGCAGAUUGCACGCCACCGCCCAGCAGCUGAGCCCUGCGUCUGCUGUAGCUAGAGCUCCCUAUCCGGCCGAGAACUAUCCCAAGAGCCACGCCCCGCUCGCCUCCCCCGUCAACACCUGCAACUUCAUCAAUAACAAAUUCGUCCCCUCCAAUGCUAGUACCUGGAUCGACCUGCACGACCCCGCCACCAACAACCUCGUCACCCGCGUGCCCCAGAGCACAGAUGCGGAGUUGCGCGCCGCCGUCGAGAGUGCCCGGAAGGCGUUCCCCGCAUGGCGCGCCACCAGCAUCAUGGCCAGACAGCAGAUCAUCUUCAAGUUCACCAACCUGAUCCGCGCGAAUUGGGAUCGUCUGGCCGCCAGUAUCACGCUGGAGCAAGGGAAGACUUUUGCGGAUGCCAAAGGUGAUGUGCUGAGAGGCCUGCAGGUCGCGGAGACCGCGUGUGGUAUUACAACACAGAUUACGGGAGAGGUUCUGGAAGUCGCUAAGGAUAUGGAAACCCGGAGUUAUAGAGAGCCCCUGGGUGUUGUUGCCGCUAUUUGCCCGUUCAACUUCCCUGCUAUGAUUCCCCUUUGGUCCAUCCCUACUGCUACUGUAACCGGCAAUUGCUUGAUCCUCAAGCCAUCCGAGCGUGACCCCGGCGCUGCAAUGAUCCUUGCUGAACUAGCCAUUGACUUCAUCAUCGACGAACCAGCCAUCAAAGCCAUCAGCUUCGUUGGCAGCAACCGCGCAGGAGAAUACAUCUUCACCCGUGGCUCUGCCAACGGCAAGCGAGUCCAGGCCAACCUGGGGGCCAAGAACCAUGCAGCCGUCCUCCCAGACUGUAACAAGAAUCACGCCCUGAAUGCCAUCACCGGUGCUGCUUUUGGCGCUGCUGGUCAGCGAUGCAUGGCAUUGAGCACCCUCGUGAUGGUUGGGGAGACCAAAGAAUGGCUUCCGGAGAUUGCUGAGCGCGCUAAGACUCUAAGAGUCGAUGGUGGCUUCGAAGAAGGCGCCGACUUGGGCCCUGUCAUUAGCCCUGAGAGCAAGAAGCGGAUUGAAGACCUCAUUGCCAGUGCUGAGAAGGAGGGUGCCACAAUCCUACUUGAUGGGCGCGGAUACAAACCGGAGAAAUAUCCCAAUGGCAACUGGGUCGGCCCCACCAUCAUCACCAACGUAAAGCCACACAUGCGCUGCUACAGGGAAGAGAUCUUCGGCCCCGUCCUCGUCUGUCUCGAAGUGGAAACCGUCGACGACGCCAUCUCCCUCAUCAACGCGAACGAAUAUGGUAAUGGCGCUGCGGUCUUCACCCGAUCUGGUCCCACCGCCACCAAAUUCCAACGCGAGCUGGAAGCCGGCCAAAUCGGUAUCAAUGUUCCCAUCCCGGUCCCCCUCCCCAUGUUCUCCUUCACCGGCAACAAGAAGAGCAUCGCAGGUGGUGGUGCAAGCACUUUCUACGGCAAGCCUGGCCUGCAAUUCUACACGCAGCAGAAGACCGUCACGAGCUUGUGGCGGAGUGAGGAUGCGGUCAAUACAAAGGCGAGCGUCGUGAUGCCCACGCAGAGUUAA